UAGUUUAUUUACUCUUAAGUAUAUUUAAUUAACUUCAAAUAAUUUUUUAAUAUGUGUAUAUAUUUUAAUGCUUAAUGGAGUUUAUUUAGAAAAAUUUGCAUGAACUUAUUGAAUAUGUGUAAAAGCUGUUGACAGAUUAAACUGUGUUCACACACGUAGACACUCUCUCAGUUUGUUGGUGAGGGAAGACGAAGGGCACCAAAAUGAGUUAAUGUAUAGUUUAGAUCCCCUAACGCAGGAGGCCUCAAAAAUUAUUAUUAUUUUGAAUUCGUCUUAUUUUGACGCGAAGAUUACAAAUGCGUGAUCGGAAACACACUUUGCACAUAUUUUUCAAGUGACUUAGUUGUGGUUGCAGCAGCAGAAUUCUGUAGAAAUCCGAUCACUUAAAAAAAAGUUGAAGAAAUGUAAUAGUCACAAUUUCUUUUACGCAGCUAUCAAUGGAAUGGACGGCCUUCGGCUGCGCUUCAAAAAAUUGUAUUGAAUUCCUUUCAGCACGCAAAAGAACUAUGGACACCCCGGUGUUGGACCGACCAAGGUUAUUUAUUUUAAGGAGUUACCACGCUAAAGAACAUGUGCAAAGUGUGUUAAUUUUUGGCUUCUUUUGUUAAAAUUGUUAUUGAGAAAAUCGACUUUCCGCUCACGGUAAUCUUCGUGUCAAAAUAAGACGUUUAAAAAAAAAUUAUAAUUAUGGCAGCAUCCUUCAUUGAGGGACCUUAACUAUACAUUUACCCCGAAUUGUACGCAGGAAACAAGUUUUGUGUUCUUGACUGAAAAGGUCGUUACUACGCAAUUCGGCAAACCUAUAAAUUUUGAAUUUCAUUGCAUGGUUGUAUGAAAUUAAUGCAAUGGUCAACACCAAAUCAGAAUUUCACGAUAAUGAGCAACAAAAGUUUCCAUGUGUAAGUAUAGUCUUAUAACCGUAAUUCUGAGUUAUCAGCUCUAUCAGCUGUCUCUUGAUCGGCCUUUUAUUCCACUUAAACAUUGCCAAAGAAAUGCUACUUCAAAGGUGUUUUAUAAGAAAAUGGGCUAUAAAAGCUCCAAUCAAAGGUAUUCUUGAAAGGGUCCAAUUACGCCUUAUAAGUCAAAAUGCCGAGGAUAAGAAUUCCGAUACAAUUCAGCAAACAUCAGCAAAGGAUUCAUCAACAUCUAAUUUACAAAAGCGCUCACAAAUGCAUUUGGUAAAUGCUUUGGAAAAAGAUGUAAACGAACGGCGUACUAUCGACCCAAAAGAAACUUCUAUUAUAUUGUUUCCUGGGCAAGGAUCACAGUAUGUUGGUAUGGCAGCGCAACUAAUGCGAUUUCCCUCAGCGCGAUCUAUAUUUGAAUUAGCAAAUGAAGUGUUGGGUUAUGAUUUACUCAAAGUGUGCCUUGAAGGUCCACGUGAAAAACUUAAUCGUACUGAACAUGCUCAAUUAGCUGUAAUGGUUUCCUCAUUGGCCUCUUUGGAACAAUUGCGAGAAGAAAGACCGCGUGCUAUUGAGAAUUGUGUAGCAACAGCUGGGUUUAGUUUAGGGGAGAUUACUGCAUUAGUGUUUGCCGGUGCAUUACCAUUCGACAAAGCGUUACGAUUAGUACAGGUACGCGCUAACGCAAUGCAAGCGGCGUGUGAUGCUGUGCCCAGUGGAAUGGCGCUUAUAUUAUAUGGACCUGAUACACAGGUUGGAACUAUUUGCGCACAGGCUCAACAAUGGUGCUUGGAACGUGGUGUAGAAGCUCCGUAUUGCGGCAUAGCAAAUUACAUGUACCCACAUUGCAAAGUACUAGCCGGACAUCUGGAUGCAUUGCAAUACAUUGAAGUAAAUGCGAUGGCUCUAAAAAUUAGACGAAUGAAACGCCUACAAGUGAACGGUGCUUUCCAUACGCCUAUUAUGCAAUCUGCCGUUGAACCUUUUCAAAAGGCACUAAAAAAUAUUCUUAUAAAGGAGCCGCUCAUCCGAGUGUUUUCAAAUGUGGACGGCAAGCCCUAUCGAAAUGCUACGCAUAUAUUACGUCAAUUACCAAAUCAAAUUGUAAAACCAGUAAAAUGGGAACAAACGUUGCAUUUAAUCUAUGAGCGUCGGCAAGGAGUUGAUUUUCCACGAACAUUUGAGUGCGGACCUGGCAAAGGAUUAAAACAAAUACUUGACAAAGUUAAUGCUAAGGCUGCGAAUACGGCUUUCAAUGUUGAAGCGUAGUAGCUAAAAAAAUUUUUAAAUAUGAGUGAAACUUUAUUUUUAGGCGGUUGUUUCUAAUAAAACGUUAAGGUUAUUUUUAAGUAAAAUAA